AUGCCCGUCACAAAACGCGCUGGGCGCAAGAAGGAUGCAGCGCAGGCGCAACCGCAAGCUGGCGGUCAACCACAGAUCCGAAAGGCUGCCUACGAGACGAACAAGAAGAAGGAGGCCGGAGUCUCAGACUUGACGCUGAUAAGCAAGAUUAGCAAUGAGGCCAUCAACGACAACCUGAAGCAGCGAUUCGAGAAUGCCGAGAUAUACACCUACAUCGGACACGUGCUGGUGUCUGUCAACCCUUUCAGAGACCUGGGUAUCUAUACAGAUCAGGUGCUCUCGAGCUACCAGGGGAAGAACAGGCUGGAGAUGCCGCCUCAUGUCUUUGCGAUCGCCGAGAGCGCAUACUACAACAUGAAGGCAUAUAACGAGAACCAGUGUGUCAUCAUUUCCGGAGAGUCCGGAGCUGGAAAGACGGAGGCAGCCAAGCGGAUCAUGCAGUACAUUGCAAACGUUUCAGGAGGCAGCAACUCGUCGAUUCAGGAGAUCAAGGACAUGGUGCUGGCCACGAACCCCCUCCUCGAGUCCUUUGGUAACGCAAAGACGCUGCGCAACAACAAUUCUUCACGAUUCGGAAAGUACCUCGAGAUUCAGUUCAACGCGCAGGGCGAGCCGGUCGGAGCGAACAUUAACAACUACCUACUAGAAAAGAGCAGAGUCGUUGGGCAGAUCAAAGACGAGAGGAACUUCCACAUCUUUUACCAGUUUACGAAAGCAGCGAGUCAAGAGCACAGGACAAAUUUCGGAGUGCAGCAACCGACGACAUAUUCCUACACCGCAAAGAGCAAGUGUUAUGAUGUUCCAGGCAUCGAUGAUGUGGCAGAUCUAAAGGACACGACCGAUGCCAUGAAGGUCAUCGGCAUGACAAAGGCGGAACAGGACGAUAUCUUCCGGAUGCUAGCUGCGAUCCUGUGGAUCGGUAAUGUUUCGUUCCAGGAGGACGAUCAAGGCAAUGCAGCAGUGCGCGACCAGUCGGUGAUCGAUUUCGUGGCAUACUUGCUGGAAGUGGAUAACGCACAUGUCAACAAGGCUUUCACAACGAGAAUCAUCGAGACGAGCAGAGGUGGGCGAAGAGGCUCGGUCUACGACUCGCCGAUGAACGUUGCACAAGCGACCGCAGUCAGGGAUGCCCUAAGCAAGGCCAUAUACACAAACAUGUUCGACUGGAUCGUGCAGCGCGUGAACCAGGCUUUGAAAGCUCGAGGCGCCAUGUCACACAGCGUGGGAAUCCUGGAUAUCUACGGCUUCGAGAUUUUCGAGAAGAACUCUUUUGAGCAGCUUUGCAUCAAUUACGUGAACGAGAAGUUACAGCAGAUCUUCAUUCAGUUGACGUUGAAGACAGAACAAGAAGAGUAUGCAAGGGAACAAAUUCAGUGGACGCCGAUCAAGUACUUCGACAACAAGGUGGUGUGCGAGCUUAUUGAGGAGAAGAGGCCGCCGGGUGUCUUUGCAGCCUUGAACGAUGCCUGCGCGACGGCGCACGCGGAUCCCACAGCUGCAGACGGCACUUUCGUGCAAAGGUUGAACGCUUUGUCGGGCAACCCCAACUUCGCGCCAAGGCAAGGUCAGUUCGUCAUCAAGCACUACGCCGGUGAUGUGAGCUACGCCGUGGAAGGAAUGACGGACAAGAACAAAGACCAGCUGCUGAAGGACUUGUUGAACCUGGUUGGACAAAGUGGGAACAACUUUGUGCACACCAUAUUCCCGCACGAGGUGGACCAGGACAACAGGAGAAGGCCACCAACGGCCGGUGAUAAGAUCAAGGCGUCUGCUAACGAUCUCGUUGCUACUCUCAUGAAGUGCACGCCCAGCUACAUCCGAACGAUUAAGCCGAACGAGAACAAGAGCCCGACCGAAUACAACUCGCCAAACGUGCUGCAUCAAAUCAAGUACCUUGGUCUGCAAGAGAACGUUCGAAUUCGAAGAGCGGGUUUCGCCUAUCGACAAACGUUUGAGAAGUUCGUCGAGCGCUUCUAUUUGCUUUCGCCAAAAUGUAGCUACGCUGGUGAGUAUACCUGGACAGGCGAUGCCAAGUCUGGUGUCAAGCAGAUUCUCAAGGACACCUCAAUCCCUGCCGAAGAAUGGCAGAUGGGUGUCUCGAAGGCAUUCAUCAAAACGCCAGAAACGCUUUUCGCAUUGGAAACGAUGAGAGAUCGAUACUGGCACAACAUGGCUAUCCGAAUUCAGCGAGCUUGGAGAAACUACUUGCGCUACCGUGCGGAAGUCGCAACCAGGAUUCAACGCUUCUGGCGAAAGAAGACGGGCGGCAGGGAGUUCAUCGAGCUUAGGGACGAAGGUCACAGAACAUUGCAAGGCCGCAAAGAACGCAGGCGGUACUCCUUGGUCGGCUACAGACGUUUUAUGGGUGACUACCUUGGCAUCGACAACCAAGGAGGCACUGGCUCGCUCAUUCGCAGUAAUGCUGGAAUCGGCAGUGGCGAGAAGACAUACUUCUCGUGUCGAGCAGAACUUCUCGUCGUCAAGCUCGGACGAUCAAGCAAGCCUGAGUCACGAUUCCUGGUACUCACCAAUCGAGCAGUCUACAUUGUCAAGCAAGCACUCGUCAACAAGCAACUGCAGAUCGUGGCCGAGCGGACGAUACCUGUGGGAGCUAUUAAAUUCGUCAGCACGAGCACGCUCAAGGAUGACUGGUUUGCGCUUGGGGUAGGAAGCCCCCAGGAACCAGAUCCUCUUCUCAAUUGUGUCUUCAAAACCGAGUUCUUCACUCAGCUGAAGCAGGUAACGAGAGGCGCCACACAAAUCCAGCUCGCCGAAACCAUACAGUACAACAAGAAGCCUGGAAAGCCAGCCACCAUCAAAGUUGUCAAGGAUCCACAAGUACCGAGAGACGAUCUAUACAAGAGUGGAACGAUCCAUACCGGGCCAGGUGAGCCGCCGAACUCUGUCAGCAAGCCAACACCCAAGGGCAGAAGCGUGCCAGGAAAGGCCAUCACGAGCGGCAAGCUCCUCAAGAAGAGCACUGGCGGCAAGCUAUCUCAACAAGCGGCGCAAAGGUCUGGCCGACCAGUGCCUCAAGCGCAGCCACUCCCUGGAGCAAAUGCACGACCCGCCGAACGUGUGGUGCCUCAGCCUAUUGCGUUCCAGCCAGUAGCGACACCGCAACCUCGCGCUGUCCCACAGCCUGUUGCAGCUAUUCCCAAUGGUCAUUCGCGCAAUGAGUCGGCCUCGUCAGCGCGCGUGCCACCCCCGCCACCUCCGCCGCCGGCUGCUGCUGCGGCGCCGAAGGAUCAGUUCAAGGCCUUGUAUGACUUCCAGGGCCAGACCAACGGUGAGAUGAGUCUGAAGGCAGGUGAGAUCAUUGUGGUGACACAGAAGGAGGGCAACGGCUGGUGGCUCGCCCGUAGACUAGACAGCUCCGGCUCAGGCUGGACACCCGCCGCAUACCUCGAAGAAGUCAAACAAGCACCCCCACUACCCCCGCCAACACAGAGCCGACCACCGCCCCCCGGCCCACCGCUGUCCAAUGGCGGCAUCACCAACGGCGUGGUCGGCGCAGGCAAGAAAGUCCCACCGGCGCCACCAACGAAACGGCCCGCCGGAAGGAAACCAGCGCCAGCACCACAAACACCGCGAGAUAGUGGAUAUGGCACGAAUGGAGGUGCGUCAGGGGGGAACAGCGGCGCGGCGACACCGCAAGGUGGAGGUGGUGGUGCCGGGUUGGCGGGUGGUUUGGCUGCUGCGUUGAAGGCACGGCAGCAGGCUAUGAACAAUGAUAAGAGGGAUGAUGAUUGGUAG